GAAGAAAAUACUAAUUGACGGUGAAACGUUCCCAGUUUCCGCAUUAUAGUCUGAAUGACAUAGUUAUAUCUCUAUGAAUUAUAUACCGUGCUCAUUAUGAUAGUCUGGCCAGAGUUGAGUGUUGAAGUUUAUAGUUUCAUGUUUGUGUGUUCAGCUGCCAGCCAGUUUCUUUAGAAGUGUGGUUCUCUUCAUAUUCGACAACCCGAAUAAGUUUCCUCUCGGGAUUCAAUUAUACGGGCAAAGUGCUAUGGAACACCGGGAAAACAGCGAUUCCCAACGCAGUGAUCAAGAAAAUGUAGCCAAAGAUGAGCAUAAUAGCUGGAGCCAAGAAAAUAUCGAUCGAGCGAUAUCUAUUUGCCUUGGCGAGGAACGACUAUACGAGUAUAGUAUCAACGAGCAGAAAGCGAGGAACGCGGCUACAAUGGAACAAACAGUGCAGACUACCGCCCUCAAUCCUCCGCAAACUCAGUCUCGUGUCCAAACAAGUGCCGGAGUUUCCCGAGAAAGACAUACACAGAGACUGUCUGGGGACGAAUUCUUGACGGCUGGUGACGAAUACACGACUCCCGAAGACUACUGCUCAAAGGACAUUUCAAGGUCCGCUUCUACUCGGACAUUUAGUGACCUUGGACAUGGACGUGGACACUAUGUGAAGGACAUUUCAAGGCCCGCUUCUACUCGGACAGUGUGUGAUUCUGGACAAGGGCGUGGACACUAUGUGGAGGACAUUUCAAGGUCCGCUUCUACUCGGACAGUUUGUGAUUCUACACAAGGACGUGGACACUAUGUGAAGGCAAUUCCGACGUUGCGUGGUAUAGGCGGAGUAGAUACCUCGCCAUGCAAUUCCGCGACGCCAAUGCCAUCUGUUCGCACAGUUGGAAGUUUCCCUGGUUUAGGAGUUCCUCCGGAAGCUUCACUCCAAAAAGGACCUGCUCAGGAAGCGAUCGGUACGCAGAUCAGCGAUCAGCAGAAGGAUCUUUGGACCGAUGUUGUAUCCAAUGAUGUUGAUAUGCUGUGGAGCGAAGACAAAAUCAGAGAGUUGAGCAUCUACCUCAACGAAGACCAACCUGCUGCACAUAAUACAUGUAGCAGGUACCAAUACCAAGAUGAACAUAGUCUUGCUGCAGAGGUUGUGGCUGAUAUGGCGGCAUGGAAUGUCUCCACUGCCAGGGAUGCUGCUGCAACAGUGAACCCGUAUGAUGGGACAUCAUCAACAAACACGAUUAUUCUUCGCAACGCCCACGAGGAAGUGAAGAAGGAGGCAACAUCGGGUAUAUCUGGUAUGAUUAGAGACGGAGGAGACUCAUCUUCAACGUGUCUUGGCAAUGCUCGUCGAGUACAGCCUGGACAACCGCUGCUGAAACCGCCAAAGAUUGCAUCUUUAGCCAGAAUUCCGUUUGAAGGUGAGGGAAUUUCUGAAAACCGAAAUAAAGAUACGGCUAAGGAAGUGGAUGAGAAUAGGAGGCAAGUAGGACGGGGACAUUAUAUCCGACAUGAUCCUGUAGGGUCUCCGGCUGCCACUACGGUUCCAGAUCAAGAGACGUGUUCUAUGUCUAAAACGUUACUGAAGUGUCGGUAUUGCCCGAGAGAGUUUUGUAAGGGAACCGGACUUCGUGAGCAUGAGCGUGUUCAUACACGAGAGCGAACAUUCAAGUGUGAUGUAUGCAGCAAGUACUUCUCUCAUUCAAGUAGUUUACUAGUACACCGACGUAUUCAUACCGGUGAGAAACCAUUCACGUGCAAGGUUUGUCAAGCAUCGUUCACGGCAUCAUCUCCUCUACGUCGACAUGAACGUACUCACACAGGUGAAAGGCCUUACUCGUGCGAGACAUGUAACGCAUCGUUCAAGACAUCUUCCGAACUACGUUGCCACACACGUAUUCACACAGGGGAGAGGCCUUACAAGUGCGACACAUGUGAAUCAUCAUUCAAGCAGUGCUCACAUCUUCGGGUUCAUGAACGUAUUCAUACUAGAGAUGGACCUUACAGAUGCAAGACAUGUGGAGCGUCGUUCACGCAGCUAUCAACUCUACAGUCUCAUGAACGCAUGCACACACUGGAUCGUUCAUAGUGGUGAAAGUCGCGUAGAUCGUAUCGCAACAGAUGAAUAAAUCGACCUCAUCAAGAACGUGAAUACUCGAGAAAAAGGUCAUUCAGGGAACUCCCAAUGUCGUGUCCUCAUGCUCGAACGAAUACGGAAGACAAAAUGCAUACAUGUAUUGCUAAAGCAAGUAGCGCACACAUUUAUAUGAGCGUGCGCUCACAUACAGAUGUGAAAGCUAGCAGGCCACAAUUUAGGUGCAUAGUUUACUUGUUGAAAGUGUACACCACACGAACACAUUCAUAAUAAUGACGACCAACCGUUGCCUAUCUUACUAGGCUUGUGUACAUCUCCUUGUUUGCCCUGUAAUACAAAUUACACCUUUGCCUGUAGCAACAUCCCAUCUUAUGACCAUCCUUCUACAAGGAGGACAACUUGUGUUUACAUUACAAAAAAGCCUUUGUUUCUAGCUUACGUCUCGUCACCGUCAAAUUAGCAGAACUUAACACAUCGCUGCACACAGCUAUCAUACAUCGGGUUUUGUGAAUGAAGUGAUCCACGCAAUCGCUUUGUAGAGUUCUUUGUUCAUCAUAAUAAUUAUGCUCUCCAAUUUCGGUCUCGUACAAAUCCUUCGAAAACACUUUCGAAAGCUCGCU